GAUGCUAGGACACAUUGGGGGAGGAAGAGGAGCUGUCAAUGCUGGAGGGGUGGGGGGCAAGAGGGGGGCUAGGUGCUCGAGGAGAUGGUGAGACAAGGCAGCUGGCACUGGGAAUGUCUAAGCCCUGGGUGGAAGGGGCAGGGGCGGGGCAAUUCUGACGGGAAGGCAGGAACAGACGCCCGCCUUAGCGGGGCACGCGCAGCAGGGCGCAGCCAACCUCCCUCCGGCCCGCGUGGGGUCGGGCGGGCGGAGUCUCCCUGGCUCUUCCCAGCCCUACCGGGCUGACGUGGCUCGGUCCCGGCUCGGACAUGGCGGACGGCAGCAGGCAGAUCAAACUGGCCGCGGCCAAGAAGAAGUUGAAGGAAUAUCAGCAGAAGAAUAGCCCUGGAGCAACAGCAUCAGCCAAGAAGAAACGAAAAAGUAAAGAUGGAAGUAGACCUGAGACUCCAACAAAUGAUGACAAAAAGUCUCCAGAGAAUAUUCAGAACAUUCUGAAGGUGCUGGUGUCAGACCUUAACCGAUCCAAUGGGGUAGCCAUACCCCCAUUGGACAAGAGGAAGGCAUGCUUUGACACUGAUGUUGCUGCUCAUAAUGCUGAACAGCUUGCUGCUGAUGUCCCCGUGUUAUCUAACAGCAACAGUUUACCUAGCUCUGGCUCUGUCAUGCCUGGCCCUGGUAACAUGCCACUGUCGCAGGUACAAGAUGCAGAUGAUCCUAAAAAUGCCUUGGAUGGAAAUAGGUCCAUCUCAUCUACAGAGAGUCUCCGCCAGCUGUCCGAGCAGCUCAAUGGCUUAGUUUCUCAGUCCACUUCCUAUGUGAAUGGGGAAAGUGCUGUCUCUUCUACAAAUAUGAAGGAGAUGGAGACACGUUACCAGGAGCUGGCAGUAGCCCUAGAUUCCAGCAAUCUAACUAACAAACAGCUCAGUACAAAGGUAGAGGAAUUGAAACAGCAGAACCAAGAGGCUAUGAAUCAGCUGGAGAAGGAAAAGAAGGGGUUUGAACAGAAGUUUGCAAAGGAGCAAGGAGCUUUGAGGGAGCAGCUACAGGUUCAUAUCCAGACUAUUGGAAUUCUAGUCUCUGAAAAAUCUGAAUUGCAGACAGCAUUGGCACAUACGCAACAAGCUGCCCGGCAGAAAGCAGGAGAAGCUGAAGACCUUACUACCCGGUUACAGUCAUCUCGCCAGAGGAUAUCUGAGCUGGAACGCACUCUAUCUUCCAUCUCUACACAGCAGAAACAGUUGGAGAAACAUAAUAGAGAGGUCGUGAAGGAGCGAGACAGUCUGAAACUGGAUUUGUACAAACAAAGCAAAGGCAGUGAGGAGCUCAAGCAGCAGAACUCAGAACUGUUGGAGAAACUGCACUCCCUGGUCUCUGAGAACUCGGCCAUGAAACUGGAUGUGGAGGAUUUGCAUAAGAAACUGGAAAUGGCUGAACUGAUGAUUCAGCAGUUUUCAAGUCAGUCAGGGAUUCUGGAUGCAAACCAGCAGUUGCAGCAAUACUGGUCUCCUCCAGCUGUACUCUUUGAGCAAUAAUGCUCCAGUUUCCUCUGUCGUCCUGGGCAGCUGUCAGAGUCGCUUCGCCAGCUCCAGGUUGAAAGGGAUCAGUAUGUGGAGAAGCUGAAAGAGGAGGGCAGUAUCUGGCAGCAGCGCGUACAGCAGCUGUCUGAGCAGAUUCAUACACUGAUGGAGGAAAGGGAGAAGAAUGUGACCCAGAUUCAAGAACUGGAAGCCAGUGUUGCUGAGCUGCUAAGCAAGUCAGCUAAGCUUAAUGACAGUGAGCCUGCUGUGCCAGAAGGGCCUACGGAGGCUGAGCUGAGCCUGCAGGAAGCGGUCCAGAGGCUGCAGCAAGAGAAGGAAGAGCUUCAUGGGCAAUACCAGGCCCAGGUACGGGAUAACGAGCAGUUGAGCCACCUCAACCAGGAGCAGGAGGAGCGGCUGUUGGAGCUUGAGAAGACUGUUCAGCGCUAUAGUGAGGAGUCUGUGGACAGACAGCAGAUCCUGGAGAACAUGCAGAGUGACAAGGCCACCAUCAGCCGAGCUCUCAGCCAAAAUCGGGAGCUAAAGGAGCAGCUGGCUGAGCUGCAGAAUGGGUUUGUCAAACUGACAAAUGAGAACAUGGAGGUGGCAAGCGCCUUACAGUCGGAGCAGCAUGUGAAGAAGGAAUUGGCCAAGAAGAUUGGUCAGCUACAGGAGAAGCUGGCUGAGCUCAAAGAGACGGUGGAACUGAAAACGCAGGAGGCACAGAGCCUGCAGGAGCAGCGGGAUCAGUACUAUGGGCACUUGCAGCAGUAUACUGUGGCAUAUCAGCAUCUGGCCACGGAGAAAGAGGAGCUGCACAAACAGUACUUGCUUCAGACACAGCUCAUGGAUCGUCUGCAGCAUGAAGAAGUGCAAGGCAAAGUGACAGUGGAGAUGCACCUGAAGGAGCUGCAGCAGACCAAGGAAAGCCUGGCAGCUGUAUCCAAAGAAAACAGAGAGUUGCAAGCCCAAAUCAGUGAAUUAGCAGCAGAGUUUGACAACAGAGCAUUGCAUCAAGUGGAAGGAGACGAAGUGGAGAACGAAAAGAUGGUAGAAGAAACUGAAUCUUCACUCAUGAUCCCAGAGGACUUUGAAAACCGUGAAGAAAUGGUCACUUUCUUGACAUCUGCCAUCUCCCAAGUGGAGAAGGAAAGAGAAGAGAUGAGACAGCAGCUAUCGGAGCAGAAACAACAAUGUAGAGGUCUCCUGCAGCAAAUCGCAGCUCUGAGGCAGGAGCAGCAACAUAAUGUCACAUUGGGUGGAGGUUACACUACAGAUACUGUCCCAGUGGAGGUUCAUGAGGCUUUAAAAACUGCCAUGCAGAAACUACAGUUCCGCUUCACAGACCUGAUGCAUGAGAAGGCUGAUCUGAAGGAUCGAGUAGAGCAGCUGGAGCAUCGCUGCAUACAGCUGUCUGGGGAAACAGAUACAAUCGGGGAGUAUAUUGCAUUGUACCAGAGUCAGAGGGCUAUCCUAAAACAGAGGCACCGGGAGAAAGAGGAGUACAUCAGCCGACUGGCUCAGGAUAAGGAAGAGAUGAAGAUGAAGUUGUUGGAGCUUCAGGAAUUAGUGAUGCGUCUGGUUGGGGAGAGGAAUGAGUGGUACAACAAGUAUUUGGCAGCUGCUCAGAACCCAGACCUGCUAGUAAGUCAAGAAAGUGGAAGUGCCAUUGCAGCUGAGAGGCACAUUGAACUGAAUGCUACCGAUGGAGAAGGACUGCGAGAGGUGAGUUUAGAAGAUGAGCCAGAACAGGAGGCUGCAGUUCUUCAAUCCCAUGUAUCUAGUGAUAGCAAAGGUUCCCAGCCGAGUCCAGAGGAUCCCACUGCUAAGCAAAUCAUGCAGCUUUUGAGAGAAAUCCAGAACCCUCGGGAGAGGCUGGGCUCCUUGUUGGAAAACCCCUGUAUUCCUUUCUUCUAUCGUGCUGACGAGAAUGAUGAAGUCAAGAUCAUGGUGGUUUAAAUGGCAUCAGAAACCUGACUUGCAGCAAUUUUCUGAGAGCCUGUUAAGUACCCAAACUUCUUAAACUCACCUAGUAUCUCAGUCCAGAACUCUGAGUCUGAAUAGAUUUCCUCUUUGUGGGUAAAGAGGGAUUGCAUCAGACAGAACUCGAGCGUCCGACCUGCUCAUCUCUCCCUUUUCUCUCUUCUGUUAUGUGGUACACUCUGAGUACUGACUGUGACUUGAAGUAAUCAUGUGAGGCAAUUGGUAGUGCUGCCUCAGCCUGGCCCACAUGAAAGUGGCGGGACCUCAUGUCCUCUGACACAGUAACUUGCACACUUAUUUCCUAGCUCUCCGAUGGGACUCUGCUGCUGGCAGCCAGCUUCUCAGCAGUGAUUGGCUUGUGACCAUUGCACCAGUCAUGAUUGCUAUCUGCCCAUCUCCUCCCAAAAUGCUCCUAAAGUAACUCAUUCUGGCAACAAACUCUGGAUUCUGAAUGAUUAUUUGUAUGUUUCACACCAUGUAUCUUAAACCUCCCAUUGUUCUCUUCAGCUUGUCUCCUUCACUCCAUCAGAAGCCAACCUUGCUAGUCGUAAACAGCCAAAAAGACACAGGCUGCCUGCCUAGGCAGCACUACAGAAACUUUUAUUCACAUUAGAUAGGGGGGAAGUGGCCAGGAAUUGCCUUCUGAGUCCUCUUGGGACAGAUGCUUGGUUAUUUGGCAUAAGCUUUAUGUGGUUGGUUGAGGGUGUGGUGGUAAUGUAACUGCACUUUGAAGGAUGACGUUUAACCUUGUUUGUCUGAAGGUUUUUAUUUAUUUAAAAAGGGAGAAAUAAGUAAAAGCAAAUCACUUAAUAAAUGUGCUUUGUUUUGAAUUUCUGGACUUUAGAGUUAUAGCUCUCUCCUGGAUUCCUUCAUCGCCCUGUCCCCCACCCAGGGGGCAAGGCUCACACCAGCUGAGUACAUUAGGGACCUUCUGGGCUUAGUCUGUCUCUGUCCCUGUCCCCAGUAAUUCCAAGACACACGCAAGAGAUGGAGUUGUCACCUGGCAGCACUUCCAAGUUGCAGAACUGACUGAGGAGAAACAAGGUGGUAAACAUUUGAGCUGAAUGUUUUAGUGGUGAGAGAAUCAGUUCCCUGAGCAAGCAGCAAAGAAAAUGGAAAGUGAUGAAUGGAGCAACUUGCUGAAAAAGAUUCUAAAAGAUGGUGUGUACAGGGCUCAACCAGGUGGGUUACCGUCUCCAUCUGCUGGCAGAGAGGAAUAACACCAGUGUCUCAAAAGUACAUAUGGAUUUAAAAUCUAGAACUUAUUGCUUGCUGACUGUCAGCUCAGCAGUCCGAGUGGCUGGUCUCUAUAAGGAGAACACUCUGAAGUGUAUGUGUUUUUAAGGAAACCGACUUACAUAAAGAUAAAUUCCAGGUUGAUGACUUAGAAGCACAUGCUUGAGUCCCGUAUGUACUAUUCUGUCUUGAAAAGAAAGGCUCUGGCUAACAAAGGCUGUCCUGGUAUAUGACUUUUCUUAGUUAAAAUUCAGCAGGUCCUUUCUAUAAUCAGUUCUGUCUUAUUUUGAACAAGCCUUUUUUUAACCUGGUUGUUCCUCAACAAAAAGCACAUUAUGUUUCAGAUUUUUUAAAACUAAUUUAAACUUUUAUUUUAGAGGGGGAAAGAGGUUCUGUGGAAUAAAAUCAAUGAACUCCUCCAAAAUGUGAACAGCUGAAUGUUAGCCUGUUGGGGGAGGAUAAAAACUGUUUUUAAGUCCUUUCAUUUGAACAGCCCUGGUAUUGACUGUCAGUGUUAUGGACAGAGUGCACUGCUGGGGGCAUCCCUUAGGCACUAGCAAGGCAGGCCUACAAGCUCCUGUUUGCACGAGUUUGUGUACAUAGUGUAUCUGUGUAAGUAACAUUUUGUAUAUUCCUUGAAGAAAGAAUAUGGCCCCUUGCAGCAUUUUUGCCUGCUGGGGUUGCUCAAACCUGUAUUAUAAAAAUGAUCUAACUGCAGUGGGGAAGGGUUGUGAUUUAAUACAGAGCAAUGUUAUUAUCAAAAGGGGUAAAUAUUUAUUGGGUGUUCUAUUCCAGGAAUGUGAAAGAAAACACUGUUAGAGAAAUUUUGCAUUCUAUUGCAGAGGUGAUUUAAUCCUGUUAUAAAUUCUUUUCCUUCUGAAUAAACUUAUUCAGGCAA